AUGUACGUAAAUUUCAAUACCACCAGUGAUCAUCAAUGCGAAGAAGGUUUAUAUAAGCGGUUCUGUUGCGGAGAUGUAUACAAAAAGAGUGAUUUUUUCGAAGCAAACCCAAUGGCAGUGCAAUUAAAAUUGUUUACCGAUGAUGUUGAGCCUUGCAGUGCAUUGAAAUCAAAAGCUGGAAAGCACAAGGUCUGUGCAUUUUAUCUACAAAUCGACAACUUGCCCCCGAAAUACUUAUCCAAAGUAAAUUCAAUCUAUUUGGUAGCGCUCUGCGAUUCAUCCGAUUCAAAAGGUGAAUAUACCAACGCUGAUAAUGUCGUGGAAACCAUAGUCAAAGAUAUUAAAGAGCUUGAAACAAAAGGAAUUGAAACGAAUAGUGGACUGAAUCUAAAAGGAACAUUAAUUUGUGGGAUGUAUGAUAAUCUGGGUGGAAAUAUCAUUCUCGGUUUGUACGCAAGCUUCAACUCAAAUAACUAUUGCCGGAUUUGCAUUGCUUCAAAACAAGUGUGUCAGUCGAUGACAAAAGAGGAUCCUAAUUUGAUUCGAACUCAGAAAAACUACGAAGAGUGCUUAGCAGUGGUGGGAUCAAAAUCGAAAGUCAAAGAUACAAAAGGCAUCAAAAGUUACUGUUGUCUGAACGAUCUCAACCAAUUUCACAUCAUGAAAAAUAUCACCGUAGAUUUUAUGCAUGACAUUUUGGAAGGUCUGAUUGGAUUCACCGUGGAAAAUAUUUUCAAUUUGUGUGUCACUAGCAAAAUAGCAACGAUGGAUCAAAUUCAAGGAUUAAUUGAUUGUUAUUACUUCGGAGAAUUGGAUAAAUCUAAUAAGCCAUUGAAAAUAAAUCUUGAGAAGAAAAACCUUGGACAGAACGCGUCGCAGGCUUACUGUUUGUUUACGAAUCUCCCAUUCAUUUUGUUCAAGUUCCGAGAACAAUUACAUGAAAUUUGGAAGCCAGUUGAGCUGCUGUUGCAAAUACUACAAAUUGUUUCUUCAUAUUCAAUCACUGAUAAGGAUAUCGAGCGACUUGAAACUUUAAUUCACUCGUAUUUGGAAGCCUACAAAACAAUAUUUAAUGAGCAUUUGCGGCCGAAGCAUCAUUUUCUGCUGCACUACGUGCGAGUAAUUCGUUCAAUGGGUCCGGUCGUCUGGUUUUGGGUGAUGCGAAUUGAAUCAAAACAUCAGUUUUUCAAGCAAGUGGCACAAAAAACCAAAAACUACAUCAAUUUAAAGAAGACUAUGGCAGAACAACAUCAAGCAAAAGUUUUUUUAGCCGGUUUUGUUUACAAAGAUGAAUUUAUUGUUGGAAAAAAGAAGCUACCAAUGGGAAGCUGGAGCGAUUACGAAAAAUACGAAGACGCUGUGGGUCAAGUGUUCACAGCUGAUAUGAUUGAAGAGGCCCAAAUUGUCAACUCAUUGCAAAUUAACAACACCAAGUACAAAUCGAACUAUCUCAUUGAGCACGAUAAUAUGUUUUGUGAAAUCGAUUACAUUGUCAUACAUAAAAAUAGUUAUUGGUUUAUAUGUUCUACUUCUUACAAAGUCAAAAAAAUUGAUCCUUUUUUAAACAGUUUUCUGCUCGAAAAAUGUGAAAAAUUCCAAAUAAUUCAAUUGAAAGAUAGUAAAGUAUACGAAAAAAAGCAUUUGAACUGUGAAACAUACGUCAUUGUCGAUAACUUGGACUUAUAUCAUUUGCACAAAUAA